CUCCCCUCAUUCCUCAUUCCUCCAUGCACAGGGAGCGGAGAGGCAGCAGCAGGACCCGGCUCCACCGAGCACCUCUCUCAGGGAAUUACAGGCUCUCCAGCUCUCCGGCUCCCCAGUGUCCCCGACGAACGAGCAGCGCAUCAUGAGGAGGACAGUGCCAUAGACCCCGCGUCGCCUGGAUAUACUCUACCUCCCCAAGACCUGCUGCGGCGAAAAGGGCUUCGCAUCAGAGACCGUCGAUGAAUCAGUGAAUUUGCCCACACUGGGGGGUUGUUUUGGGACGGGGGGGGCAACUUUCCCCAGCACCUGAAUCCCCGCACAUGCCAAGUGGUGCGGCGACCUGAGCGGCGCAAAGACCCCCUCCAGCACCGGCUCCUCUGCCGCGGGUCCCCCUCUCCUUCUGUGGGUGUGGGGGGGUCUGAAGCCAAGUGCAACACCCCUGCUUUUUGCACGAGAGAAGAUCUCAGUUUUGGGGAUUUUAACAGGACUCCCCGCCCCCCGGAACAUAUUUUCAUGUCCGAGCCCCCAGGUUUAUGACUAUGGAUUAUUUGGUGUUUUUGUGCGGCGUCCUGCUGCCCGCGGUCCUGGCGGUCGAAGAGACGCUGAUGGACAGCAAGUGGGCUACGACAGAGUUGGCCUGGACUGCACAUCCAGAAAGUGGGUGGGAGGAGGUGAGUGGCUACGACGAUGCCAUGAACCCCAUCAGGACGUACCAGGUGUGCAAUGUGCGGGAUCUCAACCAGAACAAUUGGCUGCGCACUGACUUCAUCCCCCGCAAAGAUGUUCUGCGAGUCUACGUGGAGCUCAAGUUCACCGUGCGCGACUGCAAUAGCAUUCCCAACAUCCCCGGCUCUUGCAAGGAGACCUUCAACCUUUUCUACUACGAAUCAGAAUCUGACACAGCCACCGAGAGCAACCCCUCCUGGAUGGAGAACCCCUACGUGAAGGUGGACACCAUCGCCCCCGAUGAGAGCUUCUCCAUGCUCGAAUCAGGCCGGGUGAACACCAAGGUGCGCAGCUUUGGGCCGCUCUCCAAAACCGGGUUCUACCUGGCCUUCCAGGACCUGGGUGCCUGCAUGUCCCUCAUCUCCGUCCGUGUCUUCUACAAGAAGUGCUCCACCACCAUCGCCAACUUUGCCGUGUUCCCCGAGACGGCCACGGGCGCCGAGGCCACCUCGCUGGUGAUCGCACCUGGGGUCUGUGUACAAAACGCCAAUGAGGUGUCCGUACCACUCAAACUGUACUGCAACGGCGACGGCGAGUGGAUGGUUCCAGUCGGAGCGUGCACAUGCAUGGCUGGGUUUGAGCCGGCUAUGAAGGAUACCCAGUGCCAGGCGUGCAGCCCGGGGACCUUCAAGUCCAAACAAGGGGAUGAUUUUUGCUCACCCUGCCCCCCCAACAGCCGCGCCAUCUCGGGGGCCUCCAGUGUCUGCUCCUGCAGGAGCGGCUACUACCGUGCCGACAGCGACUCGCUUGACAGCGCCUGUACCUCGGUCCCCUCUGCGCCACGGAACCUCAUCUCGAUCGUGAACGAGACCUCCCUGGUGCUGGAGUGGGGUGAGCCGCGGGACACCGGUGGCCGCAGUGACCUGCUCUACAACGUCAUCUGUAAGAAGUGUUUGCCGGAGCGUGGAGCUUGCUCCCGCUGCGACGACAACGUGGACGUGUCGCCGCGGCGACUGGGCCUGACGCAGCGCCGAGUGUCCGUGCGCAACCUGCAGGCGCACACCCGCUAUAGUUUCGAGAUCCAGGCCGUCAAUGGCGUGUCCAGCAAGAGCCUCAGCCCCCCUCAAUACGCAUCCGUCAACAUCACCACCAACCAGGCCGCACCGUCUGCAGUACCCACCGUGCACCUGAUGGGGGCCACAGCGAGCACCAUGAGCCUGUCUUGGCUUCCCCCAGAUAAACCCAAUGGAAUCAUCUUGGAUUAUGAGAUUAAGUACCACGAGAAGGGACGGGAGGAGGCGAUCGCACACACUGUGACAGCUCAGCGCAGCUCCGCCCGGGUGGAGGGACUGCGACCCGGCACGAGCUACGUGGUCCAGGUGCGGGCCAGGACCGUGGCUGGCUAUGGCCACUAUAGCGCCCCGGUGGACUUCAGCACCAACCUGGAGAGUGACCCGGACAGGUCUCUGCAGGUGCAGCUGCCCUUCAUCGUGGGCUCAGCUACUGCUGGUCUGGUCUUCAUCAUUGCCUUAGUUGUCAUCGCCAUCGUCUGUCUCCGGAAGCAACGCACUGGCUCAGAACUGGAGUACACAGAAAAACUUCAGCAGUACAUAACUCCUGGCAUGAAGGUUUAUAUUGAUCCCUUCACCUACGAAGACCCGAAUGAGGCCAUUCGCGAAUUUGCCAAAGAAAUUGACAUCUCCUGCGUGAAGAUCGAGGAGGUCAUCGGGGCAGGUAACCAACACAGGCUCCUCAGCAGCAGGGGGAAGACAGCUAGGCACUUCCAGGCCAUUCCGUUAAAGGACUUCACCCCAAGCGGGGAGUUUGGAGAGGUUUGCCGUGGUCGACUCAAGCAGCCUGGCCGACGGGAGAUUAUUGUGGCCAUCAAGACACUGAAGGCAGGGUACACUGAACGACAGAGGCGCGACUUUUUGAGCGAGGCCAGCAUCAUGGGCCAGUUCGACCACCCGAACAUCAUCCGUUUGGAAGGUGUGGUGACCAAGAGUCGACCAGUCAUGAUAGUCACGGAGUUCAUGGAAAAUGGGGCUCUGGACUCUUUCCUGAGGAUGAAUGAUGGGCAGUUCACGGUCAUUCAACUUGUUGGAAUGUUGCGGGGCAUUGCGGCUGGAAUGAAAUACCUCUCUGACAUGAACUAUGUCCACCGUGACCUGGCUGCCCGCAACAUCCUGGUCAACAGCAACCUGGUAUGCAAGGUGUCUGACUUUGGCCUGUCUCGCUUCCUGGAGGAUGACUCCACAGACCCAACCUACACCAGCUCUCUGGGAGGGAAGAUUCCCAUCCGUUGGACAGCCCCUGAAGCUAUCGCCUACAGGAAGUUCACAUCAGCUAGUGAUGUGUGGAGCUAUGGUAUUGUCAUGUGGGAAGUGAUGUCAUACGGAGAGCGUCCAUACUGGGACAUGAGCAACCAGGAUGUCAUCAAUGCUGUAGAGCAGGACUACCGGCUCCCUCCACCUAUGGAUUGCCCUACCGCCCUCCACCAACUCAUGCUAGACUGCUGGGUGAAGGAGAGGAACCUGAGACCCAAGUUCUCUCAGAUUGUUAACACUCUGGACAAGCUCAUUCGCAAUGCUGCCAGCCUAAAGGUGGUGAGCAGCACUCACUCAGGUGUCUCUCAGCCCCUUCUCGACCGCUGUGUCCCCGACUACACCACCUUCACCACUGUGGGCGACUGGCUGGACGCCAUCAAGAUGAGCCGCUACCGAGAUAAUUUCCUCAAUGCCGGCUUUGCUUCCUUCGAUCUGGUGGCACAGAUGACCGCAGAGGACCUCCUACGGAUAGGAGUGACGCUGGCCGGCCACCAGAAGAAGAUUUUGGGAAGCAUUCAGGACAUGAGACUACAGAUGAACCAAACGCUGCCUAUCCAGGUCUGAAUGAGAAGGAAGGACUUUGCCAGAAAGAGCCAAUAGAAACCCCAGCUGCCUGACCAUCUCUGCCAAUCAGAAAACUGGCUCGCAGUGCCUCAGACGUUUCUGUUUCUUCCACCUCCCAUGUUAUCACUGCGUUUACACCAACAGAUACGACCAUGGUUAUUUUGUAUUUUCAACAGUCCAUAACCUGUGCAGGCCUCCCUUGGUGAUGUUUGCAUGCGUGCGUGUCAUUUUUUAAUUAUUAUUAUUAUUUUUUGGCGUCUGGCUGGAUCUUCACAAACUUUUGGGUCUACCGCUUCCUCAAAUGAAACUCGUCUGCAUUUGCUCUGUCCACAUUCUGGCAGAAACCAGAGGUUGAUCUUCACUAUGUUUUGAAGAUGACAGUAAGAAUGGAACCCUGCCUAUUUACAAAAGGAAACAAAGUAAAGUUGUGAAUGCGACAACAACAGACAAUCUCUCCCCGAAUUCUUCUUUUUGUAUUUUCUGAUCUUCAUAUUGAAGAUAUUUAAUUUUACGUGCACAUGCCUGAGAGAGGGGUGGCGGAAAAGUCUGGAAUGCUCCAUACCAGGAGUGGGGAGAAAGAUGAACUGUGACGGACGUAGGUAUGAAAACCCAGGAAACUUUUGGUGAUGAUUCUCCAAACCAACCUAUGUAAAAAUUCUGGGUGAAUUCAUGGCAGUUUUGGGGCCUCCCUUACAGUCUUCUUUUUUAUUUUAAAUAACUAUUAUAAUUGCUAUUACUUUGUUUGUCAGCCCAUUAAAAAAACCA